UGUUACCAGUUUACUUCUGUAAUUGUGGUAUUUGCUUACGUCUGCUGAAGAUACAGGGGAUAAAAUAGGAAUGAUCGGAUUUUGUCUAGUAGUGGCAUUGUCUAUGUGCCUUUAAGUGACAUUUCCUGGAAGAUCCAAUGUGGAGAAACAAUUUCAAUACAAAACUUAAGAAUACUUUUGUGGAAUUUUGAAAUCUGUAGGUUAACUGGGUUUCUACUCUGAAUUUGUAUUCUUGAGUCCUGCUGCCAUAGAGCUGUAAAACAUAGAUGUACUAAGUACUGCGAAGCAGUGAACGCGGAAAUGUGUGGAAGUCAUGGUCUUGAAUUUUCUAAAGAAUUGCGAAGUCUUCCCGCUCUGGCAAGCAACCUGUGGUCUGUUCUUGGUAAUAUGGCAUGUUAUUACUUGUCUUCGCCUCAUGCUAGCAUUAUGCUGGGUUGGAAAGCACAGUAAAUACGAAAAGCAAUAGGUGGUCAGGCCAAGUUCACACGUUAGGAGUUCUGAAAGCACAUACAGGUACAACAACCUUAAAAACCUGUGUAAAGAGGGUCCACCAACCUUACUCUUUCAAUGUGAAAUUUUAUUACUCUUGUCACACGUUUUCCGGCCCUUGCUUCCAAAAAUCUAAUAAAAUAUUAAAAUUCCCAUUCUCUACAUUCUCGUUUCUUGUCAUUCUCUCUUGGUGAGAACCUGUAUCACACAGACAAAAGAAUUCUAUCUAAGUCAAUCCUUUAAAUACAGGACUUAAGUAGGAAGAUGAUUUCUUUUGUGUCUUUUUCCUGCCCCUUUAGAGGACAGUGCUCAGAUAGCAUACUCAAAUUACUAUGUUCCCAGUAUUAACAAUAAAGCCUCUUUGCCAUGGAAUGAAUGACUAAAGGCAGAUCUGUAAGUACAUGUCUGCUAAAUCCAAAGUAACUGUAGCUCUUCUGUUAAACUUUGCUAACUUCAUCUAUAUGGUAUGAAAGCACUGAUAAAGGAUGUUAUCUGUUCACAUUGACUUUUUAAGGCUCCAUUAAGUUGCUGGAGUGCAGUAUCUUUCUAUAAAUACAAGAUCUUUGCAGUCACAGACUGCAGGCUUUGUUAGCCUUUCCAGAUCUUGAGCCAAAAAUAAGCUGGUGAAACAGAUGGGAAAGUGGGAAGCUGGAAUUACUAUAUGGGCAAAGUGAAAGCUCUUGGGUAAUCUUAACUGCAAAUUUUCAUGCUUUCAAGCACUUCCUUUGAGAUUAAAACGUAUGUCUUGAAUACCAUUCAUUUAUAAUUCUAUACCAGUCUUAUGGUUUUGUACUUGUAACCUUGAUGUUAGAAGGUUUUUAUAUUCUUGGGUUUGUAAAUUUGGUGAUAUUAAAGGGCAAUCAAAUGCCUUUUCUUGGUAGUACUAAGAUUUAUAAAUCACUCAUCAGUCAUUACUGAUACAGCUUGCUUCCGGUUUUGCCACUAGAUGAGCUAUAAAGAGGAAACAAAAAUUUCUUUAAUUAAAAAAGCAAACUCAGGGAGAGAAAGCUUUGUUCCUUUUAACCUGAUGUUACAUUUUACUUGUGAUGCUUGUUUAUGCUUUUGUGAUGCUUGUUUAUGCAUUAUUUGCAGAAAUAAGUUAUCUGGAGAUACAGUUUUUGAAAGUUUGGGAUUUUUUUAAUAUUAAGCACUGUAGAGUCCAGCUUUUGUUUUCUGGUCACAAACUUUGUUAGGCAAAAAAAAGUCAUUUUUUAUUUGCUUGUUUUGCUCAAUUAAAAAAUUACAGGAGUAAACUUGGUGUCAUCUCUAGGCUUGUAUAUUCAUCUGAUAAAAAUCUUGAAGCUGAGGAGCUGGCUAUGAUGAAAAAAGUACUGGAACCCAAAUUAAUACAAGAAAACAACAUUGCUGCUCUUCAGAACGCUCAAACAAAUGUAAAUGGUCUUGGAGAUGACAAAAGAACACCUCUUGAUCAGAAUACCCCAAGUGGAGCUGCGGAGAAAGAAGUUGCUCGCUUGCCUUGUAUUGAAGAGGAAAUUCCAGAAGUAGUUGUUGAUACAGAAAGCAAAAAAGCCACUGCAGGUAAUUCCAAACUAGAAACUGCAUCUGUCUUGGGAGAAGACUUAAUAAUGCUCUACAAGAAGUGCUGUUGUCCAGAUAUUAAUAUUUGCAUAGAAGGCAAAGAUUUUCAAGCUCACAGGGCCAUUUUAUGUGCCAGAUCUAGUUACUUUGCUGCUAUGCUGAGUGGAAGUUGGGCUGAAAGCUCCCAAGAGCACAUCACUCUUCAAGGCAUAAGCCAUGUAGAAAUGAGUGUCAUCUUGCAUUUUAUAUAUGGAGGUAUUCUGGACUUCCCAGACAAAGUUGAUGUUGGUCGCAUGUUGGGCAUUGCAGAUAUGUAUGGGCUAGAUGGGCUGAAAGAAGUAGCUAUCUACAUUUUGAAAAGAGAUUACUGCAAUUUUUUCCAAAAGCCUGUUCCUGGAAAACAGCAACCUGUACUAGAAUGCAUGGCUAUCGCUCAUUCAUUGGGAGCGGAAAACCUAUAUGCUGCUUGCAUGAAAUGGGUAGGAAAACAUUUUGAAACUCUUUGGUGA